GGUUAGAAUUGGAACAACAUUGGAAUAGUGUAGGGUUUAUUAAUAUUUUUGAAAUACCAGUGGCAUAUUAUAAAAAUCAUUUGUAUCUACAUCUUAAACUUAAUAUUUCACCAUGUUUUCCAUAACUUUUCGACGGUUAUACUAUAUAAGCGAUAAAGUUGUAGCAAGAAACUUGCGAAACAGGAGAGUGCCCCAAGGCCCGUCGAACCCCGGUUUGCAGAAUAGAAUAACUGCUUUUCGGAAAGAAGGCCUUAAAAUAGAGGAUAAUGAUGCUGAAGAAUUUGUUGAGCAGGCCGACAGUGAUUUUUAUAACGUAGGUGAAGCUUACAAAGAACAUAUCCAGGAAUCCAUAGCCGGCAAGCUGGACCUUCGUCACAUGAUUGUAAAAGACAAAUAUUUUAAAGAGAACCUACCCAAUCUGUUGACUUGGAGCGAGAAAGAGCAAAUCAGACACUUGGCUACAACUGACCCUAGUGAGUGGACACCAGAGAAGAUUGCUGAGAGUUUCCCAGUCACUGUAACUGUUGUUAAGAAAUUAUUGAAAUAUCCAUGGAGACCAGCUACGAAGGAACGCAUCGCACGCCAUGACGCCUCGGCAAUGCGAAACUGGAAGGAAUUGAAAGAAGGAACUUUAGACAUCUCUGAAGAUCUCCGAAAUCACUUCCUUAAGUUCUCAGAACGAACCAUCCCUCCACUAAACGAAGAUUCGAUCAAAAUUGAUCUCACACCAGAAAAGGAUAUGGGAGAGUUUGAAAGAAUCAUAAACAGAUGUGCUUCUAAAGAUGAAGAAUCCAACAAAGAUUACACAAAAAAUACAACAGAAACAAAUUCAAAGCAUAAUGAAACAAAACAAAAAAGGGAUUUUAAAAGAGUAACACUGGAUGAAUUGGCUGAUAAAAUAAAAACACGUCUAGAAAAAGGCAAAGAAAUCAACGUGAAUGACUCAAUGAUGCUAAAUACAGUAAGUUCUACAACACAGAAAGUUCCAGAAGCUACUGCUGCAGACCUUAGUAAUGAAAUUGAGAUUCUUAGUGAAGAAAAGAAAACAGACUUGACACAUUUUAAAGAGAAUGAAAUACAAGCUGAUGUUCAUGAUUACACUCAAAGAAUAAGAAUACCAAAGAAAGCUUACAAGAGAGGCACAACUUACAAAGUAAAUGAUUGCUACUAUGAUGAUGACGGCAAAUUCUUAUAUAGAGUAUUAGGGAUGAAGAAUUGAUUGUAAUAUAGUAGAUAGUAUGUAAAUAUUUAAAUAAAACAACUUUAUUCAAAGCA